AUGAGGAACCAUUCAAUGCAAACAGAGUUUAUUCUUUUGGGUCUGACAGAUGACCCUAAAUUGCAAGUUGUAAUUUUCCUCUUUCUAUUUUUUACCUACAUUUUGAGUGUGACAGGAAACUUAACCAUCAUCCUCCUCACUUUGCUAGAUUCCCACCUUAAGACACCGAUGUAUUUCUUCCUACGGAAUUUCUCAUUUUUAGAGAUCUCAUUCACAACUGUUUGUAUUCCAAGAUUCCUGGGGAGCCUAGUGAAUAAGGACAGAACUGUUUCCUAUGAGAGUUGUAUGGCUCAGUUAUUUUUUUUUAUCUUUUUGGGAGUGACAGAAUUUUACCUUCUCGCAGCUAUGUCCUAUGACCGUUAUGUGGCUAUAUGUAAACCUCUGCAUUAUACCACCAUCAUGAGUAACAGAGUUUGCUACCAACUUGUACUCAGCUCUUGGGUAACUGGAUUCGUGAUUAUCUUCCCUCCAAUGAUCUUGGUACUCAAGUUGGAAUUCUGUGCUUCCAAUGUCAUUGAUCAUUUUAUUUGUGAUUCUUCUCCCAUACUGCAGAUCUCUUGUUCAGAUACACAUUUCCUAGAGCUAACGUCUUUCUUCUUGGCCGUGGUGACACUAAUGGUCACCUUGAUGUUAGUGAUUCUUUCCUAUGGCUACAUCAUCAAGACAAUUCUCAAAUUCCCUUCUGCUCAGCAAAAGACCAAAGCCUUUUCUACCUGUUCUUCCCACAUGAUUGUAGUUUCCAUUUCUUAUGGUAGCUGUAUAUUCAUGUACAUCAAACCAUCAGCAAAUGAUAGAGUGACUUUAAGCAAAGGAGUAGCUGUACUCAAUACCUCAGUUGCCCCCUUAUUGAAUCCCUUCAUUUAUACCCUAAGGAACCAGCAAGUGAAACAGGCCUUUAAGGAAAUGGUCCAGAAAGUUUUAUUUGCUUCAAACCAAUGA